UUGACUGAGAGCCCUCCUCCCGCAGCUCCUCAACUCUUCCCCCAAACCUUUUACCAUUUUUUUCCUUCUUCUCCAAAACUACUGAGGCUCUGAGAUUUCACUCUCUCUCUCUCUAAGCUCUCUCUCUAAGAAGUGAGAAGCAUGCUUUGCCAUACGCAAUCUGCAAUUUAAUCAACAGCCAAAGCAGAGGCAAAGGCCACCGAAUUUUCUGGAAUCCGGUCAACGCAGAGAUGCUCCAGAUUUUGAUCGGUCAACGCCAGCUGCUUCCCCAAUUGUUAGAAUUGGAAUUAGGGAUUCGUGUAUGAGCUGAGCUCAGCUCCAAUGGACCCAACACUGAUGACGUCCUCCGCCUCUGCUUCUGCAUUUUGGCUGAUUCUGCUGUUUGGCUUCUUUCACCUCCAGAAGCUUGCUGCCAACGUCGAAGGUGACGCAUUGAAUGCUUUGAAGAGCAAUCUAGCUGAUCCAAACAAUGUUCUGCAGAGUUGGGAUCCGACUCUCGUCAAUCCCUGUACCUGGUUUCACGUCACUUGUAAUAGCGAAAAUAGCGUUACUCGAGUUGAUCUGGGCAAUGCCAAUCUCUCUGGUCAACUGGUGGCACAGCUUGGUGUGCUUUCCAAGUUGCAGUACUUGGAACUUUACAGUAAUAACAUAACCGGAACCAUUCCCCCAGAGCUUGGGGGUUUGUCAAACUUGGUGAGCUUGGAUCUUUACUUGAACAAUUUACAUGGUAACAUUCCAGAGACGCUUGGCAACCUUGCAAAACUACGUUUCCUGCGUCUCAACAACAACACCUUGGCGGGGAAUAUUCCCAUGACUUUGACUAAAAUCGAAUCAUUGCAAGUCCUGGAUCUUUCAAAUAACAAUCUGACAGGGGAUAUUCCUGUCAAUGGAUCUUUUUCACUUUUUACUCCCAUCAGUUUUAACAAUAAUCCUCUUCUGAAACCACUUCCAGCCUCUCCACCUCCUCCCCUUUCUCCCCCACCAAGUUCUCCAGGCACCACUGCUACUGGGGCUAUUGCUGGAGGGGUUGCUGCUGGUGCCGCUUUGCUGUUUGCUGCACCUGCAAUUGCACUUGCUUAUUGGCGACGAAGAAAACCACAGGAUCAUUUCUUUGAUGUACCUGCUGAGGAGGAUCCAGAAGUUCAUUUAGGACAGCUCAAAAGGUUUUCUUUGCGUGAGCUACAAGUUGCAACGGAUACCUUUAGCAACAAAAAUAUUCUUGGUAGAGGUGGAUUUGGUAAGGUUUAUAAAGGACGUUUAACUGAUGGAACUCUGGUUGCUGUAAAAAGACUUAAAGAGGAGAGAACCCAAGGCGGGGAGCUACAGUUCCAAACAGAAGUUGAAAUGAUUAGCAUGGCUGUCCACCGCAAUCUGCUUCGUCUACGUGGUUUUUGCAUGACACCAACAGAAAGGCUGCUCGUAUAUCCUUAUAUGGCUAAUGGAAGUGUGGCAUCAUGUUUAAGAGAUCGUCCAGAAGAUCAAGCUGCACUUGAUUGGCCAAAAAGACAAUGCAUUGCAUUGGGUUCUGCAAGAGGCCUUGCUUAUUUACAUGAUCACUGUGAUCCAAAAAUUAUUCACCGUGAUGUGAAAGCUGCAAACAUAUUGUUGGAUGAGGAAUUUGAAGCAGUUGUUGGAGACUUUGGAUUGGCUAAACUCAUGGACUACAAGGAUACACAUGUUACAACAGCUGUACGUGGCACAAUUGGUCAUAUAGCACCAGAGUACCUUUCAACUGGAAAGUCUUCCGAAACUGAUGUUUUUGGAUACGGAGUCAUGCUUCUUGAACUCAUCACUGGGCAGAGGGCUUUUGAUCUUGCUCGGCUUGCGAAUGAUGAUGAUGUCAUGUUACUUGAUUGGGUCAAAGGACUACUGAAAGAUCGGAGGUUGGAAACACUUGUUGAUGCUGAUCUAAAUGGAAAUUAUGUUGAGGAUCAAGUGGAGCAGCUGAUCCAAGUAGCUCUACUGUGCACACAAGGCACCCCAGGGGAUCGGCCCAAGAUGUCAGAGGUUGUCCGAAUGCUUGAAGGCGAUGGUUUGGCCGAAAGAUGGGAGGAGUGGCAGAAAGAGGAGGUGUUCCGCCAAGAUUACAACCCUAUUCAUCAUCCAAAUACUAAUUGGAUCAUAGACUCAACUUCUCAUAUUCCUCCGGAUGAGUUGUCCGGUCCCAGAUGAUAUGGUCCUUGGUUCCGUCCCCGGAUGCACGUAAGAAGCCUUCCGAGGACGUGAGAAGGUCCAUUUUGUAUUUCAAUGAUACCACAUUUGUGUACAUGUUUCGUCUUUGUUUUCGAUUUUAUUUUUGUCUCAUGUAAUUUUUAGAUCACAAAACGGAGCUGGUGCUGUUGUAAUUUUUAUAGGGUCAACUGGCAUUACGAAGUUGUAUGGUGCUACCAGGAAUUAGCAAGGGCCAUAAAAGCACACCCCCAUUCCUUAUAAUUUAUGUACCUAUCCAUCCAGAAAUUAGUCAAUAUUGUCAAGUAAAUAACAUCACGAAAUAAUUGUCUAUUUAUUCUAUAUACUUAAUGUUUCAAGGGGAAGGUGACUUUUAAAAUUA